UAAAAAUUUAUUACGAGAAAAUUCCUACACUGAAAAUUUCAGUCAUAAUGACCAUUCGUACUUAUGCACUCUACGGUGGUAGCAAGCGCCUGCUUACUUGUAUGACAAUCAUCAUGAUUUCUCUUGCAGUAGCAGUUUCUGUGGGAUCGUUUGGGCGUUUUUCAGGCAGUGCGGCCAUCUUGCCAGGAGUUGGCUGCAAUGAGACAUUCACAGCGGAGACAGCCGCCCGUGUUGGUCUUGGAUGGAUGGCUGAAUUGGUCUUCGAAUUACUGAUACUCAUCCUCACAGUGUAUAGGAUUUGCAAAACUAGAGGCUUGCUGCGGUUGUCCCUAGUCACGGGGAGAAACAUGAUUGAUAUGAUAUUGCACGAUGGCGCGAUGUAUUUCGGAGCGAUGGCGCUGGUGAACAUACCGAACAUCCUGGCGUACUACUCUGGUCCAGUUGCCACCAGAGGUGGUCUGCCCACACUUGCUAGCUGCAUGUCCGUUACUCUCAUCUCUCGGCUGAUGCUCAACCUGCACAAGACUAUCGACACCGGCAUAUGCUCCACCCUCGCCUGGGACGACGACCCCAGCCUCGCUGUCCUUACCACUGGGGUCAACGUACAAUCCGCACCUUCAUCUUCUCACCAUUGGUAAACUGGUUUUGAAUUCUGUUUCUGAUGGCGAAAUUGCGGAGAUACUUGUUGGGAGUGGAAAACUGUUCUUGCAGUCAUUUGCUUGAAUGCACUGACAGGGGUGGACGACGCUGCAUCCGCGCCGGCGGUUACGCGUGCUUAAUGUAACUAUCAUCUUUGGGCGUGCCCUAUGUAGACAGUAUGUUCAUUAUGCUCAUUAUUAUGAUGUAUGUGUUCGCCUGUAAUCAU